GGUGCUGGGCAUCGCUGUUACAAACAAGGACAUGCACCUAAAAUUAACCCUCAUCCAGAACGUCACGGAUCUUAGCUGUGCCAUUUUGGAAACCAGAGACUCCCAGGAGUUCGAAUUCUCUUACAAACUGGAGCUCCUUGGCUACAUGCUGGACUUCAUUAAACAGGAACCACUGGAUUCCCUGGCAUCUCCAGUUCGCUACAAGGCAAUUCUUGCCAUUAGACAUCUGAGCAAACUCAAACCAUCUUUGACCUCGGAGGAAAACCAUGAGCUCCUUCAUCAGUGUUUCAAAAGUUUGUUUCCCCUCCCUCCCUUGGAGAAGAUGAUGAAAGAGGAAGGUGAGACAGCAAAGGACGCUCUGCCUAUACAGUCACUGUACGUAGAGUCCUUGGAAGCCCUUGGGAAGCUAAUGAAGACUUUGCUGGAGGAAGAACCAACCGCACACUGGUUCCAGGAAAUGUUUCAACCACUAGAGACAUGGCUCAGUUCAGAGAAGGAGUGGGAGAGAGAAAGGGCCUUGCAGGCCACCAUUCAGCUGCUGACUGCCUAUCAAGAGACAGUUCAUAGCACAGUGAGUAUAGCCUUCCUCUUCCUUGAGCUGACGUCCCUGCUUAUAUCCGAUCUGACACUCAACGCAAAUGCAUGAAAAACGCUUCCAGGGCAGCAGCUGGGAUCUCAAAGUGACUACGAUCCCUCUGCUUCCAUAAGAGAGAGGUUUACACAACAAUGCUGUGACCACACUCCGGGCAGAUUGCAAGAAGUAGAGGGCAGACAAUCCCCCAAACGGAUGGCUUAUUCUAGAAUUACAUUCACCAAGUCAAAAGCAAAAGACCUUCCACCCUAGUUAACCAAAUGCCAAACACGGUCCCCGUUUGGCAUUCCAGACCUAGGCUCCCAUCUAAACAGCCAGUCUAAUAUAGUGAGGGGUUACUGAAAACCUGAUUCACCAUAUGUGAGGU